UCCCCCAUAUUCCCUCAACUUCCCGGUCGGAUUCGGCGCGCUAUUCUCCCCCACAACCUGCCUCCCCCUCUCCACUAACGCUCCCUCUCCUCCUCCUCCCCCUCCUCCUCCGUCGGGGGCCGUGGAUACUCUCUCUUCCUCUCCCCUCCUCUGCCCGCCUCAUCUGCGGGAUCCGCCAGCAUUCCCGCGUGGGGACGACUGAGCCGGCUAGCUUCCACGCCGAUCCUUUGACAUUAGCUCCUGGUGACGUCUGAUUCAUUCUCAGGUGGUGGACCAGGCAGCCAGAAGACCAUUCUCCAUGAGGAGCAGUGGAAGAUGCCGGCUCUGCCAGCGCUGCUGCUGUCGAUACACUUCCUGUUCCUGCUGCUGACUAUGGCCCCGCACUCUUUCAGCCAGGCCCCUGCCAUGUCCGCUGUCAAAAUGGCGGCCAUUUUAGAUGACCAGUCGGUGUGUGGGCGCGGGGAGCGGCUGGCCCUGGCGCUGGCCCGCGAGAACAUCAACAGCAUGAUGGAGGGCCCGGCUCGCGCUCGCGUAGAGGUGGACAUCUUCGAGCUGCAGAGUGAUUCGCAGUACGAGACCACUGAUACCAUGUGCCAGAUUCUGCCAAAGGGAGUGGUUUCUGUCAUCGGCCCUGCCUCCAGCCCUGCCUCUGGUUCUACUGUCAGUCACAUAUGUGGGGAGAAGGAGAUCCCUCAUGUAAAGAUCGGUCCUGAGGAGACGCCGCGGCUGCCCUACCUGCGCUUCGCCUCCGUCAGCCUGUAUCCCAGCAACGAGGACCUGAGCCUGGCCAUCGGCUCCAUCCUGCGCUCCUUCAGCUACCCCACGGCCAGCCUCAUCUGCGCCAAGGCCGAGUGCCUGCUGCGAUUGGAGGAGCUAGUCCGUCGUUUCCUCAUCUCCCGGGAGACGCUGUCGGUGCGCAUGCUGGAUGACAGCCUGGACCCCACCCCUCUGCUGAAGGAGAUUCGCGAUGACAAAGUGGCCACCAUCAUCAUCGACGCCAACGCGUCCAUCUCCUACCUCAUCCUGAGAAAGGCGUCCGAGUUGGGGAUGACAUCAGCAUUUUACAAGUACAUCCUCACCACCAUGGACUUCCCCCUGUUGAGGCUGGAUGAUGUGGUGGAUGACCAGUCCAACAUCGUGGGCUUCUCCAUGCUCAACAGCAGCCACCCCUUCUACCUGGAGUUCAUCCGCAGCCUCAACCUAUCCUGGAGGGAGGGCUGUGAUCUCAGUCCUUACCCUGGUCCAGCGCUGUCGUCGGCUCUGAUGUUCGACGCAGUGCACGUGGUGGUGGGGGCCGUACGGGAGCUCAACCGCAGCCAGGAGAUCGGCGUCAAGCCCCUCAGCUGCACCUCGCCCCUCAUCUGGCAGCACGGCACCAGCCUCAUGAACUACCUGCGCAUGGUGGAGUAUGACGGUCUGACUGGACGGGUGGAGUUUAACAGCAAAGGCCAAAGGACCAACUACACCCUCCACAUCCUGGAGAAGCAUAGAGGAGGCCACAAAGAGAUCGGGAUCUGGUACUCCAACAACACCUUAUCCAUGAACUCCACCGCGCUGGACAUCAACGUGUCCGAAAGCCUGGCCAACAAGACGCUGAUAGUCACAACCAUCUUGGAGGACCCAUACGUAAUGCGCAGGGAUAACUACCACGACACCGACGGGAAUGACCAGUACGAGGGCUUCUGUGUGGACAUGCUGAAGGAACUGUCCGACAUCCUCAAGUUCUCCUUCAAGAUCAAGCUGGUGGAUGAUGGCCUGUAUGGAGCGCCGGAGGUCAACGGCUCCUGGACAGGCAUGGUGGGAGAGCUGAUCAACAGGAAAGCAGACCUGGCAGUGGCUGGUUUCACCAUCACCUCAGAGAGAGAGAAGGUCAUCGAUUUCUCCAAGCCUUUCAUGUCUCUGGGCAUCAGCAUCCUGUACCGUGUCCACAUUGGCCGGAAGCCGGGCUACUUCUCCUUCCUGGACCCCUUCUCUCCGGCCGUGUGGCUCUUCAUGCUGCUGGCUUACCUGGCCGUCAGCUGUGUGCUCUUCUUGGCUGCCAGACUGAGUCCGUAUGAGUGGUAUAACCCGCACCCGUGUGUGAGGGACCGCAGGGACCUUCUGGAGAACCAGUACACCCUGGGCAACAGCCUCUGGUUCCCCGUGGGCGGCUUCAUGCAGCAGGGCUCUGAGAUCAUGCCCCGAGCCCUCUCCACACGCUGUGUCAGCGGGGUCUGGUGGGCGUUUACGCUUAUCAUCAUCUCCUCGUACACGGCCAACCUGGCGGCGUUUCUGACGGUGCAGAGGAUGGAGGUGCCCAUCGAGUCGGCCGAUGACCUGGCCGACCAAACCAACAUCCAGUAUGGCACCAUCCAGGGGGGAAGCACCAUGACUUUCUUUAUGAACUCACGCUACCAGACGUACCAGCGCAUGUGGAACUACAUGCACUCCAAGCAGCCCAGCGUGUUUGUGAAGAGCACGGAGGAGGGCAUCGCCCGCGUGGUGAACUCCAAGUACGCCUUCCUGCUGGAGAGCACCAUGAACGAGUACCACCGCCGCCUCAACUGCAACCUCACCCAGAUCGGAGGCCUGUUGGACACCAAGGGCUACGGCAUCGGCAUGCCCCUCGGCUCUCCAUUCAGAGAUGAGAUCACUCUGGGCGUGCUGCAACUGCAGGAGAGUAACCGGCUGGAGAUCCUCAAGCGCCGCUGGUGGGAGGGGGGACAGUGCCCUAAAGAAGAGGACCACCGGGCCAAAGGCCUGGGCAUGGAGAACAUCGGUGGGAUCUUUGUGGUGCUGAUCUGUGGGCUCAUCAUCGCCGUGUUCGUGGCUAUCAUGGAGUUUGUGUGGUCCACACGCCGCUCCGCCGAGACUGAUGAGGUACGCCCUCACCCCUGCCACGGCCGACAUCACAGACACCCCCCAGUGUCCGUGUGUCAGGAGAUGAUGUCAGAGUUCCGGAACGCCAUCUCCUGUAAAAAGAGCUCCCGUUCCCGCCGGCGACGACCCCUCUCCAGUUCGGCAGUGCUCCGGCACCCCACCCGCCUCACGCUGGGGGGCCCUCGCCCCUUGAGGCUUGUGCGCGAGAUGCGCCUUAGCAACGGCAAGCUGUACAGCGGGAUGGGCCCGUUGACGGGAGGGGGCCCCCCUCUCGGGGCCAGAGCUGGUGCCAUGGGGCCGCCGGGUCCAGCGGACAUGGGCCCGGGACCACAGCGCCUCCUGGAGGAUCCACUGGGCGCUGCAGUGUCCAGCAUGCCCUCUCCCCCCGCGCCGGCCCCUCAGCCGGGCUCCCUGGGCGCCCCGGCGGCCCCGCCUCGCGGCUGCACCCACGUGCGCAUCUGCCAGGAGUGCCGGCGGAUCCAGAGCCUCCGCUCUGCCUCCUCCUGCUCCCGGAUCCCGCCCCUCCCCUCGGCCACCAGCUCCCUGCCACGGCUGCCAGCCCCGCCCCCGCCCUCCUCGUCCACAACCGACAGCGAGGGGGGCGGCUCGGCCAGCCCCCGCCGUCACAAGACCAAGCCUGCCCCUCCACCCCGGCCCCUCCCUCCAUGCAAAGCCCCCUCCACAGACUUACUGAACAAGCAGGACUGAGAAUAGAAUGUAUGGGCGGGGAGAGAGAGGCGGGGUGCUCACCUAGAGAGGAACUCAUUGGAACUCCUGCCACCCCCCCAUCCCCCCCUAAUUUUAAAGAAAAAGAGACCCGACAAACAAAGCAGCUGAUAGGAGAGGCCCACUUUAUAACAAGCCCUCUGUAUUACUGAUAAACAAAAACAAAAACAAACAAACAAAAACAAUGAAAUGAAAAGGUUGCUAAAGGAAGGGGAAUAGAGAGAGGACAGAGGCUCUGAUGGUCCUGGUGAGACAGGGCAUCUCCAUGACAUGUGGCUCAGUGCUAGGGUGCGCCCUAUGGGUUUUACAUUGACAUAAAAAACCAGUCGACCUACGUGGCCAUGCUCUAUGCAACAUGUCUGUGCACUCAUGUUGGUUGGUUUCCCAUGAUUCCCUUCAAGAGGAUAUGGCAGCUCUUUCUCAGAAGCAGGAAGUUGGCUCACCUGGUCUGGGAUCUAUCCUCUGAACACUGAAUACAAUCUGGAGGACUAACAUAGACCAUAAGCCCCUGGGAGAGAAAGAGAGAGAGAUAGAAGGUACACAUUUCACAGUGACAAACACCAAGAGUGGAGGUGCAGUGGGCUGUGGGUGUAAACGCCAUCUUUAAUGGAAGUCUUAUAUUCACCCUUGAACUUAACAUUAUUCAGAGUGACUUUUAAAAGGAAAGGGCAAGAAGAAGAUGAUGAUAAAGAAGAAGAAGAUAUCAGCGGUCCAGUUUUCUUUCCUUUCAAGCUAUUUGCUUAUUUCCUUUUUCUAUAUUCCUUUGUUUUCUUUCACUCAGUGUGUUAUUUUUUUCUACCAUAGCUGGUUCCCGUGAUUCGGGCUGGUUGCCAGGGAAACUAAUGUCUGAGAUUUGUCAUGUGUUCUGUUUUUUUUUUUUCUGUCAGAGGUGGACAACAAGAGUGCAGAGACUAGAGACAGAGAACUAGGACCAUUAUUAGUUCACAAUGGAAAUAUACAGACAGAGGUGGCACUUGUGUUCCCGGUUAAGAGGUUGGGAAAAAAACAGGCACUGAGCACAGACAGACCUGUAGGCAUAUUUACGCUUGUUCUUUCCAGGUUUAAGAAGGGGUCCAUGUUAUUGUUCAUCUUAUGUUAUGCAUGAGAUUGUUUAUGUGUGUGUGUGUGUGUGUGUGUGUGUGUGUGUGUGUGUGUGUG